AUGGCCACACAAAACACUUCCAUUAUAACUGAGUUCAUCCUUGAGGGAUUGACAGAGAAACCAGAACUACAGCUACCUUUCUUUUUCCUGUUCCUAGCAAUCUAUGGGGUCACCAUAGUAGGAAACAUGGGAAUGAUCCUCCUCAUCAGUUUCAAUUCCAAGCUUCAGACUCCUAUGUACUUUUUUCUCGGUAAUUUGUCUUCCGUAGAUCUUUUUUAUUCCUCUGUUGUUACCCCUAAACUCCUAGGAAAUUUUUUAUUUGACCAAAAUACUAUUUCUUAUACUGGAUGCAUGACUCAGCUAUUCUUCUUUUGUUUUUUUGCUAUUUCUGAAUGCUACAUGUUAACUGCCAUGGCAUAUGACAGGUAUGUCGCUAUCUGUAGUCCACUGCUCUACAGUGUCACCAUGUCUCAAAAUGUCUGCAAUGUUCUAGUGAUUGGGGUUUAUAUCAUCGCAUCUGCAGGAGCUAUGGCUUAUACUAUCUUCAUGACCAGGCUGUCCUUCUGUAAGGACAAUGUCAUCCACCAUUACUUUUGUGACAUACUUCCUCUCCUAAAGCUCUCGUGUACCAGUACUUACAUCAAUGAGCUUCUGGUUCUGAUUUUAGGAGGAUUCAAUGUAUUAGCAACAACUGUGCCCAUCAUCAUCUCUUAUGCCUGUAUUGUCUCCAAUAUCCUUCGCAUGUCAUCAGCUGAGGGAAGGUCCAAAACGUUUGGUACCUGUGGGUCUCAUCUUACAGCUGUUGGGCUUUUUUAUGGCUCUAUCAUAUUCAUGUAUUUUAAGCCAGCCUCCAGCAGCAACAUGGCCCAAGAGAAUGUGGCCUCUGUGUUCUACACCACAGUGAUCCCUAUGCUGAACCCUCUGAUCUACAGUUUGAGGAAUAAAGACAUAAAAAAUGUGCUCAGAAAAAUUAUGAAAAUAAGGUAUGGAUCACCGCAGGUUAAAAGUCACAACCAUUAA